AAUCCACCAGCAUGUGCAGACUCUUUAAUCGGAGUAAUAUUUUUAAUGCUAAAGUAAAGUUAUUGUUAUUAUCUGUGAAUUUAUCCAAAAAUGUAUCAUCUUACAGAAAAGUGGAAAAAGUAGUAUAGCAUAUUGGUGAAGAUUAAGAUGUUUUCUCUUGUGUGUAUUUGUGGUUUCUUUUUCUUAUAACAGGUGGUUUAAUGAUUUUUUUAAGCACUGUAUUGCAAAGGGUUUAAAGGACUCAUUUUGCAAGAUACUAGCUCACAUUUUGCUUGCUGCAAACACUGCUUAUCAUUUAUUUAUUAAUUUUUAGGAAAGUUCGUAUUAUGUGAGUGGUGUUCUCUACAGGUAUACUAUAAUCCAGCUCAAUGAAACAUAUAAUUUAAGAUGUAGAUGACCUAAGAUCCAGUAAAUUGAAAAUAUUUAAAGUCAAAUAGAUGUAAAAAGAAAACCGUUGCAGUGCCAACGUAAGCUACAUUAAAAACAGAAAUAAAUCUUUGAACUGGUGGCUGUUAGGACCCAGGAGAGACUGGGCUCUGGAGGAAGACAGAGGAGUGUGUGUCCGCUUGAAAAAACAAAAAACACAUCACUCACACAAUCACACAAUACAAUGUGUGACAGUCACCGCCAUACACAGCAUCAAACAGCAAUUGGGGUGUUACUAGAGGAAGGGAGAAGGAAGAGAAGAAGCAUCAUUUAAAAAUGGAAAGCCGUCAUGGAAUUGGGAAUAUACCUGUCUAGCAGCUCUGAAACUCUCCUCUUAAACUUUUCAUGUGGAAUUAACAAGAACAACAAAAAAGCUGGGACUGCAUAAACAAUAUGUGGGAUUUAAGCUAUAGUGGUGUCAGCGCUGACACUUGGUUAACCUAUUCAGAUUUAACUAUGGUGUAGAAACAGAGUGGUUCAUGGAUCCACAUAUGAAGAAAUCUGAGAUAAAAAUGGAGGAAGCUGCGAUUUAAUAAUGGCUGACAAGACCAGGUCCAUGUUAGCCUCUGUGGCAAAUCAUUCUGUUCUGAAUCUUACAACUGCCCAGUGGGAACCCAAUCCUACCGUUCCUGCUGAUGUGGGUGUUGUCACAAGCUCUCAGUCACAGAUCAAAGAUCUUUUCGGUUUGUUCUGCAUGGUUACCCUCAACCUCAUUGCUUUGUUGGCCAACACUGGUGUGAUGGUGGCGAUUGCUCGUGCGCCUCACCUUAAGAGGUUUGCCUUUGUGUGUCACCUGUGUGCAGUUGACUUGUUGUGUGCCAUCCUCCUGAUGCCUCUGGGGAUCAUAUCCAGCUCGCCGUUCUUUGGAACUGUUGUGUUCACUGUUCUGGAGUGUCAGGUUUACAUCUUUCUUAACGUUUUCCUCAUUUGUCUGUCCAUUCUCACCAUCACAGCCAUCAGUGUAGAACGUUACUUCUAUAUUGUACACCCAAUGCGUUAUGAAGUCAAGAUGACCAUCAAUCUUGCUAUUGGUGUCAUGUUACUGAUCUGGGUUAAGUCAGUCCUCUUGGCUAUUGUCACACUGUUUGGAUGGCCAGCUUACGGACCUCAGAGCUCGAUUGCAGCGGCUCACUGCUCUCUUCACGCGAGCCACAGUCGCCUAAGAGGUGUAUUUGCAGUGCUAUUUAGUGUGGUUUGUUUCAUGGCUCCAGCAGUGGUUAUCUUUGCUGUUUACUGUGCUGUGUACAAGGUGGCUCGUUCUGCAGCCCUGCAGCAAGCCCCUGCAGUAACAACAUGGGCAAAUGCAAGCCCUGCCAAGGAUCGCUCUGACUCCAUCAACAGCCAGACUACCAUGAUCACUACCACCCGUACUCUGCCACAAAGACUUUCUCCAGAGAGGGCAUUCAGUGGAGGCAAAGCUGCGCUGACUUUGGUAUUCAUCGUAGGCCAGUUCCUGGUUUGUUGGUUGCCCUACUUCAUCUUCCACCUGCAGAUGUCUCUGACUGGUUCCAUGCAGAGCCCUGGGGACUUGGAGGAAGCUGUCACCUGGCUGGCCUACUCCUCAUUUGCUGUCAACCCAUUCUUCUACGGCCUGUUGAACAGACAGAUCAGAGAGGAGCUGGUAAAGUUUAGACGUUGCUGCCUUACACAGCCUUUGGAGUUUGGGGCAUCAAGCCAAGAGGGUUCGUUUCAGGAAAACUUCCUGCAGUUCAUUCAAAGAACCACUAGUACAACUGAAACUCGAUCCAACUGUGCCAACUCCAGUCCCCAACCAUCCACUACCCAUACUGUGGAUCAAGUAAAUAAGAUACCUGGACAAAUACCAGAGGAGCAGGCUUAAACAAUGAUGAGCAGAAGUUGUGUACUACAGAGCUAAUAUGUAGUCACUGUAGCUGUUCUUUGUUUUUGCAAGACAUUUGAUCUUAAUCAAUACGUUUCUGUCCGUGCUGGGGAAAAGCAGGCCACUUUUGAAGGAAUAAGUGAUGGUGGACAAAAUCCAGUGGCCUCUAUAAACAGAAGGAACAGUUACAAUAAUGCUUUUAACAUACAUAUGGACAUUGACAGUAUUGUUUUAAGAUAGUAUUGGAAAAAAUCUGUUCAAGUACAAAUAUAAUGUUUAGGAUAUUUUAUCUUUUAAUUAUGAUAAGUUUUCCUAUUUAGGUCAAGGGACUGUGGUUGUACUGUAACCGGAAAUAUUGAAAUGAUGAUCUAUUCUCCCACGUAAAUUUACCUUUCUCUGAUUUCUCAGAUUUUAACAGUGUUUGUGGUAAUUUUCUAUAUGUUUAUAAAUGUAAAUCUGGAAUGAAUGUAAAUCUGGAAUACUGCAAUAAUAAGGUCUUGAGAGUUGGUUCCCGGUUUCCUCUCAAUAACAAGUAUAUUAUAUAUCUCAAUAAUAAUGUAUAUUUAAAUGCUAUUUUUGUGUUGAUAUUUUUAAAGUGCUACAUGUUUCCAAGCUGUGGGCCUUUCUAUUUAAUAUUCAGGAGCUUGUGGUUAUCAUAUAUGACCAAAUAAUCCCGUAGAAGUGCCAAUGCUCUCUGUGUUCAGAGGUCAAAUGAACCUGAGGGCUAAUACCUUUGAGUUCUUCUGUGCAACAGAUAUGCUGAUGGAUCAUGGGCAUCAGCUGGCUCUGUCGUCAUGGAAAUUGAGUGACUGGAGGUGGCUCGCACAGCACCAGCGACCUUUCAGCUGGAUGUAUACUUAAGAAUCAGAUCCUGAUUGGAGUUUGCUAAUUCACAUUUAAAAGGUCUGGAAGUUCAGAUACGGAUCAUUAACAUGCAAAGAAAGACUGAAGGUAGGUCACAGAAGUCCCUGCAAAUAUGGACUACUAUAAUAGUGACAUAGGUAUGGUGAGGAAACGAUAGUGAAUUUACAAUAGAAAUCAUUACUGGGCAAUGAUUAUGCUCUGAGAGUGGUGACAAAGUGCUAUUUUAUGACCCCUGCUGUUUGUGUUAGUCUUUCACAAACAGGGAAAAAGACAGAAUAGUGUGGUUACAGCAAAUAACGGCUAACACCAUUUCACUUACUGUACUAUACACGAUGCACCACUCUUACCUUACUGUAGCUGUAUAUUUAAUCCCUGGGUAAAUGCCGUGGUAGCUUUUUUAAUUUUAUUUUUACCAAGUGGAUAUUAAUGAUGCAGAAGCACACAUGGGAGCAUAAAGGACUCUAUUAUUCAAAUGUACGGUUUUGAGAUUAUAAUAAUAAUACGCACAAUUUAGGACUCACACACAUCAAUCAAGAGAUUAAUAGUAGGACACACAGUAAAACAUUGAUGCAAAAAUUAAUUGUGUAAAUGCUGACGUCUUUGGGGAUAAUGUAAACCGCCAAUUACUGUACAUUUUUACUGUGACCUCAGUAUUUUCUCAUGACAAGCACAAAAUCUUUACGCUCAAAUCAUUAAUUAAUAAGUUGUUGUUAUUCUGCUUUUUUUUCCCAGUUAGGCUGUUUUCAGCCUUUGUUGUUGUAAUGUUUCCAGUGUUUGUGUGUGUUUGCCUUGAGGACAGCUGGUAAAAUUUUGAUUACACCAGUUUUCCAUAAUCAAAGCAUUGGAUUUUUUUUUUCAUAAAUAAAGAAAAAAGAAUAGAAGGUGCAUUUAUAGUUUACAUAGCUUAAUAAACUCUUUUGAGAAUACAGUAGCACCAAUUUAAAAAGGCAAAGCUUCAUCACAUCACAGCAUCACAGCACUGUGUUAUAAAUUUUACAGUAACAAAUUUUACUUGUAAAUUACAGUAAACAUACCAUAAAUUAACGAGAAUGCUGCUGGAAGUAAACGUGGAUGUACGCUCUGAAGAUCUUAAUACUAGCAAUCCUAUAAUACAGUCUUAUACUUUAAUGGGGAAUUUUCUUACCGUGCACAGUCUGGAUCACCGUCAUGUCAUUUCUCAUGACCACACACACACAUACACACACAGCUGGUGUGGAAACAGCUUUGAAAUGUACGAGUAUUUCUUUUACAGUAACAGGAAAAAAGGUCAGACAGAAGUCUGACCUCUCUCUUCAAAUCUGACAGAGCUGUGGGGAGUAUAAAACAGCAGUGGGUUAUUGGUGUUGGGUGCUUUUGUGCCUGUUUGCUGAUGUUCAUAUUAUGUGUGGAUCUACCACCCUUUGAAUCUGAAAAUGUAAUUCUAGAGGUUCAAGACCUGUCAAUAGUUUAUAUCUGCGCAGAUAGAGGAAAUUGAAGGAUGGGGUGGGGGAAGAAAAGCUCGUUUUAAGAUAUUUGUUGAGUGUUAUCUCAUCCGGCUGAAUAGUGGCAAAGGAAAGAACACUCACUUUGACACACACGUUUCAAAGGCCUGAUCUGGAACAAACUGAUCACAGACAACACAGACGUAUGCAGUCUUUGAUGUUUUUAUUUUGCAGCUGGCGUGAAAAUAAAAAAUCCAGUCAUGAAGAUUUGAGGUAUUUCAAAUCACAGUGUGCCUGCCUCCUUAACAGAUCUUCAGGCAAUUCAUCUGGGCCUGUGAGCUACAGACAGAGGACAUAGUGAAAUACAGCUAUGAUGAAUGCUGUGAAGAAUUCUAGCUCAACACAAAUCAUGACCUAGACUGUUGUUUUCAGGUUUUAUUUUGUACAGUUUUAAUACAUUUUCAGAAAAUAAUAAUAGAAACACACAAUACUAUAAGUCAUACC